CUUAAAACCCUAAAAUCUAAAAAAACCCUACAUUAACAAUACAUCCCUGCAAGUACCAGUACUUUUUCUUCUUUUCAAACUCAUUCACCUCUUCCAAGUGGUAGGUUCCAUCACUACUACUACUUCUACUACCACAACUCACACCCGCACGCUUUCUUUCUUCCCCAAUUCUCCUUCGCAUUUUCCCACCUUCCAAACACAAUUUCGAACAACCCUUUCUCCGUAUCACAAACUGGAAGAGAAACGCGAUAAUGGACUCGAGAGAAUCGCAGCCGCUAUCGCAUAUAUCACCGCAUCCACAACACCACCACCAUCACCAACCGCAACCAAACAUAUUACUCGGCGGCCCCACCUCCUCUUACUCCAACACUAGCGCCGCUCACGCUGCAAUGAGUAUGAUCAACCCCAACAUCCCUUCCACUGCUGCCGCUGGUUUCCCUUUUAAUUCAGUGGGCCCGCCACGCCCACAAUCUAAGCCUCUCUCUUCGGAUGGUGUUCUUGAUGGAUCAUCACCGCCUUCUUCAACGGGGAUGAGGUUUAGCAUGGAGCCGGCGAAGAAGAAGCGAGGGAGGCCCAGGAAGUACACCCCUGAUGGCAACAUUGCAUUGGGGUUGUCGCCAACCCCGAUUUCUUCUUCCCCAAAUUCGUUAGUCCAUGCCGAUUCUGGGGGUGGCACCCCUGGCGUGGCCUCUGAGCCUCCUUCUAAGCGUAAUAGAGGAAGGCCGCCAGGUUCUGGCAAGAAGCAGCUUGAUGCUUUAGGAGGGAUUGGAGGUGUUGGGUUUACACCUCAUGUGAUAACGGUGAAAGCAGGGGAGGACAUAUCAUCGAAGAUCAUGGCUUUCUCUCAGCAAGGGCCACGGACCAUUUGUAUUCUUUCUGCGAAUGGUGCCGUUUGUAAUGUUACCCUUCGUCAGCCAGCAAUGUCUGGUGGUACUGUGACAUAUGAGGGCCGUUUUGAGAUUAUUUCUCUAUCAGGUUCUUUCUUGCCUUCUGAAGAUAAUGGUAGUCGCAGCCGAGCUGGUGGUUUGAGUAUAUCAUUAGCAGGUUCAGAUGGUAGGGUUUUGGGUGGAGGAGUUGCUGGAAUGCUUAUAGCGGCAUCAACAGUACAGGUCAUUGUGGGCAGUUUUAUUGCAGAUGGAAAAAAAUCAAACUCAACAGUAUCAAAGUCUGGGCCUUCAUCAGCACCUGCAUCCCAAAUGUUGAAUUUUGGUGCGCCAUUGACAACAUCCAGCCCUCCUCAUGGAGCCUCUAGCGAAUCAUCUGACGAAAAUGGUAGUAGCCCACUUAAUCGAGAUCCUGGAAUCUAUAGUAAUGCAAGUCAACCCAUUCCUAAUAUGAAUUUUUACCAACUAUGGGCUACCCAAAAUCCACAUUGAAGAGCUUGAGGCAUUGACAUGGCAAUUGUACUUGCAUAGCAGAUUUGAGGUCAAAUCCUAAUGCUAACAUGCAUUAUUGAAUACAGGCUGCAGAUGAGCUUUUCAUAUUAUUUUCUUCAAGAGCAGGUUCCUCCUUCUGGAGUAGCUUUAGUUAUCUUUCUCAUCUGAUUUGGACACAUCUAUUAGUGGUAGCUGCAUGUCACCCCUUCUAAGUUUGGCUUAGUUCAAUUUACUAUUUAGGUAUAAUUGUUUUAGUUUUGUGUUUCCUGUUUCUAGUUUCUGCAAGUAAUAUACACUCUUUUAAGAGGUUAUGAAUGAAUAUAGCAGAGGCCGUCAAUGGGUUUGAGUGGGAUGUUUUAGCAA